UAUAAAUAUGACAUCCAAUAGUAUCGUGCGAAAUUUAGUAGUUUUUACGUGUUGCUAACGCAGCUCAUUUUUAAAUCAUGUUUAAUUUCUUAAUUACAUUUCACUGUUAUUAGUUUAUAAUUGAUUGUGGUGUGAUGUCUGAUUCCUUGCGAUUAUCCACACAACAAGAUGUCCUAUACCAAAGUACCUCUAGGAAGUCAUUCGUGUCAGUAUAUUCCUAGUCGUGACAUAACUGAAGAUCAAGAGAUCCAAAUAUUUGUCAAACAGUUGUUAAUAAACAGAGUUUUCCAGGGCUACUACGAGGAAAGACGUUUUGUAGAAUCUUUGUCAUCUUACAGAGGUGUAGUGCUUAUUUCUACAUUAGAAUAUGAUCUGAAGAAGGAUUUGGACACUGUCAUUAAGAGGCUUAAGAAGUUCUACAAGUUCUCAAAGGUGUGGGUGGGAAUUACAGGGCCUGACUUUAUUGGAGCUCCACUUCAGCAUGCUCUAUGGAUCAAAUUACAGAGCUUGACAUUUGGAUACUACUGGUUCCAAAUCAGACGAGUCAAGUUUGUUGAAAACAGGGAAAUGAUUCUUCAUCUAAAAUGUCUGAGUUGCGAUUAUCCACACAACAAGAUGUCCUAUACCAAAGUACCUCUAGGAAGUCAUUCGUGUCAGUAUAUUCCUAGUCGUGACAUAACUGAAGAUCAAGAGAUCCAAAUAUUUGUCAAACAGUUGUUAAUAAACAGAGUUUUCCAGGGCUACUACGAGGAAAGACGUUUUGUAGAAUCUUUGUCAUCUUACAGAGAUGUAGUGCUUAUUUCUACAUUAGAAUAUGAUCUGAAGAAGGAUUUGGACACUGUCAUUAAGAGGCUUGAGAAGUUCUACAAGUUCUCAAAGGUGUGGGUUGGAAUUACAGGGCCUGACUUUAUUGGAGCUCCACUUCAGCAUGCUCUAUGGGUCAAAUUACAGAACUUGGCAUUUGGACACUACUGGUUCCAAAUCAGACGAGUCAAGUUUGUUGAAGGCAGGGAAAUGAUUAUUCAUCUAAAUUGUUUGAGGCAUAUAGAUGUUGGAUCGAGAAAUGUGAAGAUGAGUGAAUCGGAGACAGUUGAGAAUGCAUUUCAAGGGGCUCCUCAACCUGUUCCAGCAAAUAAUUAUAACAGUGUUAUGAAUGAUAAAAUUAAACAAAAUUUUAGAGAUAUUAAGGAAGAAAUUACAGCAAAUGUUGCUUCUGUCGUGACAUUGCAUAAUAUUAAAGGGGCUGUCUGUUUCAUGUCUGUGUUUAUUGCAGCAUGCAUAACUGGGUUCUUCCACAUUAUUGGGUAUGUUGGGGAUUAUACUAUAAAGUUUAUGAGAGAGUUCUCUAUUUUUAUACAAGCUUCUACACCUAUCUUUCUAGCUAUGAUAGACUUCUUUAGCAAGUGUGUAGGUGGGUUCUAUCUUCUCAUUGCCAUGUUGUGGAGGGGUUCACAUGUUAAUGUCCCUCGUUAUACAGACUGGAGACCACAGCGAAGAGCUUUACAGAUGCCUCCUAACAAGGAGUUUGGCAAAAUGAAGUAACUUUUCUUUUGUUGCAUUCAUUUAUAAUUUGUAUAGAGUAUUUUGUUGCAGUGGCACACUGUAAUUGAAGCAUUUAUUUUUGUAGCAAGUAGUGAGAAAUUUUAUACAAGACUGUCAUAUAGCUUAUGGUUGUGUAUACUCUUCUCUCUCUUUAAGAUUGUAGUGUAUUUACAUUUUAUGUGCUGAAUGUUAAAGACUGAUUUGAGGCAUCUUGUAAUGCAUUUACAGAAUAUAUCAUUCUUAGUAAUGUGGAAA